AUGAGGAGGAAGGAAGACGACGGGAAGAGAGAGCUAUCCGAUCAGCAGCCGCAGGAAAAGUCAGAUACCACUGAGGACUGUCGCACCACUGAAGAAGCUCCAGGGGAGACAGAUAAGGAUGCGUCUGGCUCGCCGUCGAAGAUCAGCUCUCACCAGCGCCGGCUGCUGGUGUUUCUUGGAGCGGCCACCGUGCUGGCCGGUUGCUGCACGCUCGUCCAGGUGCCCUUCUUCCCGCACGAGGCUCGUCUGCGAGGCCUCACCAGCGCGCAGAGCAGCGUCGUCUUCAGCUCGUUCUCGCUCUCGGAGCUGCUCUCGUUCCCGGUCACCGGCUGGCUGGCGCCGCGCCUGGGCGUGAUGCGGCUCUUCCACGCCGGAGUGGCCAUCGCCGGCGUCACAGGCGUGGCGUUUGGUCUCGUUGGACUCGUUGGCGACAGCACUGCCUUCCUAUCGGCCAGUGUAGCUGUACGUGUUGCUGAAGCUGUCGGCACGGCUGCUGUGCAGACUGCUGCUCGUACCAUCGUCGCCAGUCAGUUCCCGGAGCGAUUGAACACGGUGCUGGGAUUCAUAGAGACCAUGUCGGGCGCGGGUCUGUGCCUGGGCCCGGCCCUCGGAGGGGCGCUGUACGCGCUGGGAGGCUACGGUCUGUCCUUCUACUUCCUCGGAGGUCUUCAGCUUCUGCUGUUCGUCGCUGGUGUGGUGAUGAUGCCAACGGAGUUGCCAUCGGAUGAUGACCAGAGACAGCAGCAGAAGCUGGAUGAAGACGAAGAGGACAGCAGCUGCUGGAGACGCUGGAGGAGGUCAAGCUUCCUGCGGAUGCUGGCGCUGAUCGCGCUGACACCAGAUAACUGGCUGACGUGUGCCGCACUGCUGGUGGUGGCUCACAACUGGCUCUCUGUCGACCCCCAGCUCGAGGUGUAUGUCCACGAUACGCUGGACAUCUCCCCCGCCGAGCUGGGCCUCUUCUUCCUGGGCUCGUUCGUGGUGUACGCGGCGGCCGGCGCCGCGUGGGGCCGUCUCUCCGACGCUGUCGAGAACACCUUCCUGCUGGUUUCCGGGUUCCUGUCGAUGACCGCUCUGGGGGUGCUCCUGAUGCCACCAUCCCCACUAUUCGGCCUGCCCCCCUCCCGUCUCCUUCUCGGUUUCGGUAUGGGGAUCCGCGAGCUGUUUCAGGCGGCUGCCUACCCGAUCCUACUGGGUCUGCUGCUGCGCCGGUCCAUAGCGCGUGGUCUGCCGGAUACCGUGCGGGGCAGGGCGCUGGUGGCUGCCGUCUACGGUACCGUCUACUCAGUGGGUAAAGUGGCCGGCCCCAUGGUGGGUAGUGCGGUCAUAGGGCUGGUGGAGUUUCCGGGUCUGGGGACGAGUCUGGGGGCCGCUAACAUCGUAAUGGUUGUGCUCAUGCUAGGCAGGGGGCUGGUGUUUUGGUUACGCAAGGAAAGCAUGCAAAUAACAGAUGCCGUGGCACACAGCGACACAGAAAAGAAAGCUGAACCAGGGACUGUAUAA